CGGAAGUGACGUCGGAAACGCGGAAGUUUUGGAGGUGCUUGGCCAUGGAGUCUUAUCAUCAGAAGGUGGUGUUUGAGAAACAUGGCGUCUUUCUUCAUACCAGCACCAAGCGGCAAAAUGACCACGAUUCCAUGAUCUCCGGGGUCCUCCAAGUCAUUGAAAAAACAGCAGAUGUGAUCAUCCAGUGGGUCCCUGUGGAUGAGGAGGGAGAAUCGGCACAGAUUCACUACUGCAGGAAGGAAUCUCCAGGCAGCCCCUCGUGCCGAGCAGAAGAAGAUCUCUUUGAUCCAGGCUAUGAGCCGGACUGGGCUGUUAUCAGCACUGUGGGAACCAAGCUUCGACCCCAGGAUGACCCGUCUGCCCAGAAGUCCGGUAAUCGGUUCAAGUGGGCCUUCUCGCUGAGUCUCUCAGAACUGAAGUCCAUCCGGAAAAGCAAGGCCGGCUUGAGCUGGUCCUACCUCAUAUUCAUCACCAAGGAAGGGGUGUCUUUCCAGGCGCUGCAUUUCCAUCAAGGCGGCACGAAGGCUCUUCUCAAAGUCUUACAGAAAUACGUCAUCCUGGCAACCUCUCCCAGGGAUUCCCGGCUGUACCUGAUCUACCCGCACGACUCGCACGCCCUAUCUCAUUCCUUCGAUGAGCUUCAACUGUUUGACGACGGCUCCUCAGACGUGGUGUCCAGAUUUUUCCAGGACCCUUACUCUGCCACAUUCGGGGGUUUCUCCAAAGUCACCAACUUUUUCCGUGGAGCUCUGCGACCCCAAGAUACUCUAAACCAACGGCCUCUGUCACAGAUGGCCGUCGGACUGGAAGAUGAACCUGGCUUUGAAGUGAUCACCUGUCAGGUGGAGCUGGGAGAGCGGCCCGUCAUCCAGCGCCAGCCGCCUGUCAGCGAGCAGGAGUGGGAAUCCUUCUUUGACUCCGAAGGCCAAGUGAUAGACGAGGAUGGCUUGAAAAAAAGGAUUUUUUCCGGGGGUCUCAGUCCGGGUCUUCGAAAGGAAGCUUGGAAGUUCCUCCUUGGUUAUUACCCGUGGAGCAGCACAACCGAAGAGCGGAAAACUCUCCUUCGCAAAAAGACCGAUGAGUAUUUCCGCAUGAAGCUGCAGUGGAAAUCGGUCACGGAGGAUCAGGAGAAGAGGAACUCUCUGCUGAGAGGCUACCGCAGUCUCAUAGAAAGGGAUGUCAGUCGGACUGAUCGGAACAACAAGUUCUACGAAGGAAACGACAACCCCGGCUUAGUCCUCCUCAAUGAUGUGCUGAUGACGUACUGCAUGUUUAAUUUCGACUUGGGCUAUGUGCAGGGAAUGAGUGACCUUCUCUCCCCGAUCCUUUUCGUCACGCAGAACGAGGUGGAUGCAUUCUGGUGUUUUGUGGGAUUCAUGGAGAUGGUGCACCAAAACUUUGAAGAAAGCCAGGAGACCAUGAAAAAGCAGUUAGCUCAACUGAACCUUCUGCUUCGCGUCCUGGAUCCUGCGCUGUGUGACUUCUUGGAUUCCAAGGAUUCUGGGAAUUUCAGCUUCUGCUUCCGAUGGCUGCUCAUCUGGUUCAAACGUGAAUUCUCCUUCCAGGACAUCCUUCUUCUUUGGGAGGUGCUAUGGACCGGCCUUCCCUGCCCCAAUUUUCACCUCCUCGUCGGCUGCGGCAUCUUAGACUUGGAGCGGGAGGCUCUCAUGCAUUCGGACUACGGCUUCAACGAGAUUCUUAAACACAUUAAUGAGCUGACCAUGAAGAUGAGCGUGGAGGACAUUCUGUGUCGGGCCGAAGCUCUGAAUCAGCAGCUGGCACGCUGUCAGGAAUUGCCUCUUAAUGUUAAGGAGCUUCUUGGCUUGGCGGAAGUUAAGAGCCCGGCCCCCAGCCCGGACACGGCGAGCCCCCCACAGCCUCUCUCUCCGAGCCAAGUCCAUGAACUGGAUCUCACCGACAGCGUGUCUCCCAGUCAGCCUGACAGCAGCAUCGAAAUCCUGCCCACAGAGGAUACUGCAACCUCGCAGAGCCUUUCUCCUUAACCGGUCUUUACCCCGAGCUCCAUUGUCUGCGCACUUUAACAUCUCCGCUCCGUGUGCACUCACGCUGUUACACCAAUAUAACACUUGUUACUUGAGUAAUGCACAAA